AGUCAUUAGAGACAGUAUCUAAAAAAAGUUUAAAAAGUAUACUGUCAGCUAUAAAACAUGUUAUUAUUAAUAAUUGUCGUUCAACUGUUAAUUAUAAUCGAAAUACGAGCACAAGUAUCACAAAAUAUUUGUCUCAUUCCUGGUUAUCAAUGCACGGAAAAUGAUGAUUGCUGUUCUAACUUAUGUCUGAGUCAAAUGGGAACUAAAUAUCAUUAUUGUGAGCCGGAAAAUAUCACUUCCACUGUUAUUACUACGAGAGAAAAUAUAAAAAUUAUUAAAUGCUUUCAAAAUGACGAAACAUGUCAUUCCGACGUUGAGUGCUGUUCUAAUAAAUGUAUUACGUUCGACAGAUUUUUCAAUAGUAAAAUUUGCGUAAAGCCAAAUUGGUGCAUGAAACCUGGACAUUAUUGUAUAACAGACAGUGAUUGCUGUUCCAACAAAUGUUACAAUUUAAUUGGAACUCGACUUCAUUAUUGCAUCAAUAAGAAAGAAGAUUUAUUUUAAACAAAAAAUAAAUUUUUUCAAUAAAAAAAUUAUUCAUUUCUUUAAUCUUAAUUGUACGGUCAACAUAGUAAAGCAUUACUAUAUAUAAUAUGAGUAUUUUGGUCAAAAACGAUUUCUUCAUGUGUA